AUGCAUCCCCUCCUUCACACAAAAGAUAAUAUUGGAUGCGAGGACCUGAUGAAUGCCCUCGAAGAAUGCCAUGCUAGAGGCUUCUUAUGGAAAGCAAUUGGCAUGUGCAGCGACACUAAAAAACAACUGAUCGACUGCCUGAAGGUUGAGAGGGCGAAGAGUCAGACUGCGAACCGAACAAGUGUCGAAGACAAGAAGGCAAGAAUACGGGCAAAGUGGAAGGAAAUCGACGAGAACUCCUAA